AUGAUGUUCCCCGGCCUCCUUCCGCCCCCCGCGGGGUAUUCCAGCCUCCUGCGACCCACGCCCACCUUAACACUGCCCCAGUCCCUUCAAUCUGCAUUUUCUGGCCACUCUAGCUUCUUAGUGGAAGAUUUGAUCCGCAUCAGUCGGCCCCCUGCCUACCUGCCUCGCAGCAUACCCACUGCCAGCCUGUCACCCCCCAGGCAGGAGGCCCCCACAGUCCUCGCUGACUCGGGGACCUCGGACCUGGGCUCUCCGGGGCCCGGGAGCCGUCGUGACAGCUCUCCACAGACUGCCCUCUCCCCUGCCAGCGAGCCCACGUUUUUGAAGUUUGGGGUGAACGCCAUCCUCUCAUCCGCGCCCAGAAGAGAAACAUCGCCGGCUUUGCUGCAGAGUCCCCCUCCUAAGACGUUCGCCUUUCCUUACUUCGAAGGCUCCUUCCAACCCUUCCUUAGAUCCUCCUAUUUCCCAGCGUCCUCCAGCGUGGUGCCCAUCCCUGGGACGUUCUCCUGGCCGCUAGCCGCUCGCGGGAAGCCUCGCCGGGGCAUGCUGCGUAGAGCUGUGUUCUCGGAUGUGCAGCGCAAAGCCCUGGAGAAGACCUUCCAGAAGCAGAAAUACAUCAGCAAGCCUGACCGGAAGAAGCUGGCGGCCAAGCUGGGCUUGAAGGACUCGCAGGUGAAAAUCUGGUUCCAGAAUCGACGAAUGAAGUGGCGGAACUCCAAAGAGCGCGAGCUCCUGUCUAGUGGGGGCUGCCGAGAGCAGACCCUUCCCACAAAACUAAACCCUCACCCAGACCUUAGCGACGUAGGCCAGAAGGGCCCUGGGGAUGAGGAGGAAGACAUCCCUGGUCCCUGCCUGGCCUACCAUGCGCCUGCUGCUGACCCUCGACAUCUGCUGGAAGGGCCCCUGCCUGCCUCUCCUGCGCACUCCAGCAGCCCGGGUAAACCCUCGGACUUCUCUGAUUCCGAUGAGGAUGAAGAGGGCGAGGAGGACGAGGAAAUCACCGUGUCCUAG